AGAAAAAUUCUGAUAAGAAAGAAGAUAAGAAAGACAAUAAAUGGAAGUUUGGCUGGGGCUGGAAGAGCAAAGAUAAGGACAAAGGAAAAGAAAAGGGCCAAGAUGCAGACAAGGAGAAAGACGGUGAUUCUCCCCUCCCACCACGAAGAGAUAAUGAAGACAGAGAAGUCCCGAGUGACCUAAGUCCUUCAGUGGCCGCACGUGUUCACACACAUCAAAGCCCGACACGGUCGGCUUUUGGUGGCCUCGGAGAAAGCACAGACACGUACAACAGCGGCGAAGACUCUCUUGUGACAGAUCCUGAGAUUUUUGCCACGUUUAGUGACCUACAUAAAAGAUCUGAAGAAGACAACGGAGACCCAGAUCAAGAAGACAUCUUACCUUAUGGCGACGCUUCCUCUCAACCCAACCGCCCAACCGUCGUUGGAGAGAACAAGGUUCUUGAAAACGAGCCAGAAGAAGGCAUGGUUGAGAUGAGAGUGAGAGAUGCUCUACCAGUAUAUGCCACAGUGAACAAACCGAAUCUGUCUAAGUCUGUCUCUCUCGACGUCAGAUCCGGAAAAUCGAAUAGAGGAAGACUGGAGAAGACAAAAUCUCUGUUUUCCAAGGAUUCGGAUUCAGCCUUGAUUCAGGACGAGCCUGACUCCGUCGCCAGGAGGAAUAUUGAAAUUUCAGAUCUUCCCGGAAAAUUCUUCGAUAAUGAUGACGAAGAGGACGAAGAUGAGGAAAGAGAGGAAGAGGACGACAACAGAUCUGUGACAGCACCUGACUUCAGUUCCCUGUUCUCAGACAGCGCGUCACGUAAAACCCCGAGGAGUGAGGAUGUGGGUCAUGAGGAAGACGUCUCAGAAAACAAGGGUGAGGCUGAUGACGUAUUGGACAGCAGUAGCCCAGGCAUGAGACACCGCCCUAGUCUGACCAAAGACGCCGUGUCCAGUGUGUUCCAGCUGGCCCCAGCCGCCCAGAGCCUGUCACAACUUGACGACGACCGUUGGAAAGAUUACUCACCUUUAGAGAUUGGUAAACUCAGGCACUCGGGAAAGAUGAAGAACACACCAAAGAACUUUUCGACGAACAUUCCGACUGACGAAGAUGGCGAAGACAAAUCGGAACAUCCAUCGAUAUCAGACGAAAAGAAACUAGGCAGAAGAACUGGUCUAAGUGAGGACGUGAAGAAAUCGCCGAGAGAAGAUUCCAGGUCCCCGCCCGUGCCGCGAACGAGGGGGACAGUACGCCAAAGCCCUCCAGUUGUCGAGCUCUCCGACGAUAUGUCCGACUUUCAGACACACUUCAGCAACAUCUGGGGAUCCGAUCCCCCGCCGCCUGUUGAGAAUGCCACUGAUGACACAGGCGACAAAGACAGAAGUGGUGAAAAGCAGCUCGACGAAGACAAAUCCGAUACGGAAGUUGUUUACGACGACGCUGUUUCUGUACCGAACAAACUGAUAGAGAAGGAAGAGGAAGUGUACACUGACGCCAGAAGCUCACCGCUCAUCAAACCAAAACAAAGGUUGUCCACAUUUGGCAGCGAACUCCUCAACAUGGCCGGUAACGUCGUGAUACCGUCGAAAGAAAAACCCGCGAAACCUGGUCGAAAAAAUAUCUACGUGGUCACAGACGGCUCUUCGCAAGACGACACACGGAUUGACGUCAGCAGCCAGGCAGAUGGUGGUGGGGAAGCUUCUCCACGUAAGGAUGACGUGACCGACAGCGAGGAACCGACAGAAUACGACCAGCUGCCCAUCCGGGUGAGGAAGAUCAGCUGCAGCCGCACGUCCUUCCAGCCCGUGGUGCCCGUCCCGGUCAAGGCCAUUGUGUCGUCUCCCACUUCUGCCAGCAGCGAGGAGUCGCGGCCUGUGAUGUAUUCUUGUGUGGAGAAACCCGAGAAGACAACGACGACAGCAGAGAGGGAGGCUACUGUGAGUGAGAGAACUGAGUACGCCUUACCCUGGGAGAAGAAAGACCUGGCGGAAGUUCUGACGCCAAAGCUACCGCCUAGACAGUAUAACAGUGACGGCUUUGUUUCAGCGUAAGAAAAAAAAGAACUCUCCCAGAGACGGAGACAGAGACAGCGUGGACGAUAGUGCCAGUGACCGCUCAGGCGCAGCAGGUUCACCGAGAGACGCCAGCUCCUCAAAGCCGGACAAGCAGAAAGAAAAACCAGCCAAGGCUCCAAAACCAGAAAAGCAAAAGAAACCUGCCAAAGAAAAGCCUGCCAAACCAGAAAAACCGCCAAAACCAGAAAAGCCCCAAAAACCGGAAAAGUCCGCGAAACCUGAGAAACUCAAAAAGCCCAAGAAGCCUAUAGUGACCGCCGUCAUGUCGUCUGAUCCUGGGUCGUCUGGUGCCGAGGCGGACGUGGGCGGGGUCAUGGAGGGGAGACCACUCUGUCGUCUGCUGCAGAUCAACGAGGACGAGACAAGAGUUGUGGAACUUGUCAGGCCUCAGUCUGGGCCCUUGGGCGUUUUCUUUUCGAAAGAAGGUCCGGAGGCCAUGGAUGAAGGAUUGUUCGUGAACGCUUUCCAAGACAAGAACAUCAUGAAGUUUUUCGCCGGGAUUCUCAGCAUCGGGGACGAAGUGCUGGAGAUUGACGGGUGCGACAUUCGUCAUAUGAGCCUGGACGAGGUCAAGGACUUGAUACUGCAGAGGGAACGGAUGACCAUGAAGGUCAUGCCGGUGUCCGUAACUCGAUCCACGCUCUGAGCUUCUAGUUUGAACUCUUAGUACGCGCAUUCUAGGGCUUCGACCACGCUUGAAGGAGCUCGGUUUUAGAACACUAACUGAGGGCAUUAUUUCGUUAUUCAUCAGAUUUUUCCGUUCUGUUGUGGUUUGUUGUUUUGUGUGUGUGUGUGUGUGUGUG